CGCAAAUUCUGACUAUAAAAAGUUAGCUAGAGGUGUUGACAACAGGGGUAUCAUCGUAAUUUCAAGAAGCCUAUUUUUAUUACAAAUGAAAGAGCAACGGCGUUAAAAUGCCUUGAACUUAGGAUCAAUCUCCUUCAGCUGCUGCACCACUGUGUUUAGAAUCAAUUCGAGUUUUUUUUUUCAUUUUAAAUAAAUGGCGAAUAAGAGUAGCAUCCUGUUCAUCGGAGGAACAGGUUACAUCGGGAAAUAUAUAGUGGAAGCGAGCGCGAGAUCUGGACACACAACCCUUGUUCUCGUUCGAAACUCCACCCUCACAAGCCCCUCGCGAUCCACCACCAUCGACAAUUUCAAGAACCUCGGCGUUCGCUUUCUACUCGGAGAUCUUAACGAUCAUACGAGUCUCGUGAAUUCGAUCAAGCAAGCUGAUGUGGUGAUAUCCACCGUUGGACACUCUCUCUUGGGUCAACAAGACAAGAUCCUCUCUGCCAUUAAAGAAGCUGGUAACGUUAAGAGAUUCUUUCCGUCGGAGUUUGGAAAUGAUGUGGACCGUGCUGAGAGUGUUGAACCUGCCAAAACAGCCUAUACUACAAAGGCAAUGUUCCGCAGGAGAAUUGAGGAAGCAGGGAUACCAUACACUAUUGUCUCUUGCAACUUCUUUGCUGGCUACUUCCUCCCUACUUUGGCACAGCCUGGUGCUACUUCUCCUCCACGUGACAAAGUCAUCAUUAUGGGUGAUGGUACCCCCAAAGCUGUGUUCAACACGGAGGAAGACAUAGGGACUUACACAAUCAAGGCCGUAGAUGAUCCAAGAACCUUAAACAAGAUUUUAUACGUUAGGCCACCCAUGAACACUUACUCGUUCAACGACCUUGUCUCCCUUUGGGAGAAAAAGAUUGGGAAAACACUAGAAAGAAUCCACGUUCCAGAAGAACAAAUCCUUAAACAGAUAACAGAAGCAUCGCCUCCACUGAACGUGUUGCUAUCACUUUGUCAUUGCGUAUUCGUGAAAGGAGGACAAACAAACUUCGAAAUAGAACCUUCCUUUGGUGUAGAAGCUUCUGAGCUUUACCCUGAUGUCAAAUACACUACUGUUGAUGAAAUCCUCGACAACUACGUCUAAAGGAGGACCAGCUUCUAACUAAAGUCACUCCCUGACACUUAUAUUUCUGAAUAAUUUUGGGUAAAAUAUUACCUUUCUGCUUCACCAGUAUGAUGAAUCAAUGAAACUGAACUACUUGUCUUAUUAUGCGCCGUUUUGAAUGUAAUAAAUUUCUGUUGUAUA